ACCCGGCAGUCUCCGCUUCCUAGUCCAGUCAGGAUGGCAGCGUCCGGCCGCUUCCCGCUGCUGGUCGAGGGGACUUGGGGCUCCAAUCCCCCAAAGAACUUGAUCAACAAGUUGCAAGUGUACUUCCAGAGCCGGAGGAAUUCGGGCGGAGGGGAGUGCGAGGUCGUUCCUGAGCCCGGGAACCCAGCGCGCUUCCUGGUGCUCUUCUACCCGGAGGAUGUUCGGCAGAACGUUCUGGAGAAAAAGAAUCAUGAGUUAGUGUGGCAAGGAAAAGGGACAUUCAAGUUAACUGUCCGGUUGCCCGCAGACCCAGUGGAAGCCUCAGCCUCUAAGGAGGCAAUUCCAGAAAAGAAGUCCAAGACAAAAGAAGAUGCUGUGAAACCAGAUGAUUUGGACACAACCCAUUCUCCCAGUGGUGGAGCAGAGAAAAUGGAAGACGUCCUGAAAGAAAGUGAGAAUACGUCCUCCAUGGUGGUAUUUGAAAACCUGCCAGAGAGAGCAACUGACAUAAUGCUGACCUUCCUAGUGGAGAACAUAAGUGGCCUCUGCCCCAGUGACUUUAAGGUGGAAGUGAUCCAAGACCUUGGUGUUGCUGUGGUUACCUUCCAUAAACCUAUAGAUACUACAAAAUUUAUUAUUGAAUGUAUCAGCCAUGACACAAGCAAAAGACUCCAGCUUGCCCUGAGACGUCUGGAAACGACAAAUAUAGUCAGGGUGGAAAACCUGCCUCCCGGCGUGGACGACUACCAGUUGCAACUCUUCUUUGAAAGCCCUUACAACGGCGGAGGAAGAGUCGCCCGGGUUGAGUGUUUCCCUGAAGAGAGCUCCGCGCUGGUUGAGUUCUAUGACUGCAAAGUGUUAGACACCGUUAUGGCCAAGAAACACCGCUUCAAGAAGAUGCCCCUAUCCGUCUUCCCCUAUUACACCUCUCUGGGCACAGCCUUGUAUGGUGAGGAGAAACCUCUGGUCAAGCUUCCAGCAUCUUUCCAAGAGUCCCUGGGUCUUCCUUUGUGGAAGUUCUUUCAAAAAAACAAUCAUCUGAUUGAGGAGAUAAAUGACGAGAUGAGACGCUGUCACUGUGAGCUGUCAUGGUCUAAAAUCAAUGGGAGGUUGACCAUCAGACCUGCUGCCACCUUAGCCAGCCACAGGCCGAGCAUCAAGACCUGGAAGGAAGAUGCCUCCGCAACUCUGUCCGGCCUGAGGUCUAAAUAUGAGGUUAAGCUUUUUAAGGUGCAGUCACCAGUGUGGGACAUCAUCAAGCAUGAGUUGGGAGAUGACAGGGUCCUGAUUGAGUUUCAAGGGGAGAGUCUAACCUUAGCAGGAAGAUCAGAAGAGGUUCGUGCCAUCAGCCAGCAAGUCAAGGAACUAAUAGACAGCACCACAGAGAGGCUUAGAAGGGAAAAGCAGAGCGUGAAGGAGAAAGCGGCUGUUUCUCAGGGAAAGCAUUUUCUUUUGCACCACACUGGUUUCCUGGGGGAUCUGAGCAAAGAGUACCCAGAGACGGAGAUCUCAUACGAUGACGCCACUCAGUGCCUGUGCUUCAAGGGGCUCCCUGCAGACGUGUAUAAAGUCAAGUGUGAGAUCCAGGAAAAGGUGCAUUCCAUGGUUCAGAAAGAAGUCUCCGUUUCUUCUGACCUCUUCCUGUUUCUGCAGCGAGUGGACAGCCGGGAGUUCUCCAAGACUCUUUUUGAGGCACAGAAUAUUCUAGCCACAUAUGAGCUGAAAGGCACAGGUCUCCUCUUAACUGGUUGGUCUGUCCAAGUCCUGGCAGAAGCUGAGAAGAAAAUGCUAGGCACUUUAAGUCAUAAGCGCAUUGAAGUUGAGGACAAAGACGUUCUUAGCGGCAAUGCGUGGCGAAAGAGGAUUCAGCCUCUGCAAAAGAGACACAGGUCCUCCGCAACCAUUGUGGUAAAAAAUGAACUGACUUCAGGAGUGCAGGCUGAGGUCAUUGUCGCAGGCUGUGCAAGAGAAGUAAGUGAAAUCCAUAGCCAGCUUUUUGAGUUCUUGGAAAACCACAUGAGAGUCGAAAGACUGGUUGAAAUAGAACCACCCUUGAUUAUUGACUAUUUAAAGACAGACAAGGUGCUGUUGUCGAAGAUAAAAAGGGCAGCCGUGCAGGUGAGUUUUAAACCGAAAGGCAACCCAAACAACAUUUUACUAACUGGCUCCAAGAGCAAAGUUCUAGAGUGUAUGAACACAGUCAAGGAAAUCCAGAAUUCAGUCUGCAUCAAAAGAUUCCAGACGGACAAAGCCGGCGCCAGGCACUUCUUCCUGGAUAAAGAAUCCUAUUACAAAAUGGAGGUCAGACGCCAGUAUGGAUGCAUCAUUGAACUCCAGGAGGAUGGGGACAAAGAGGAAGGCAGCUUUGAGGAGCAGAAGUGCCUGGUAGAGAGGGACAUCGCCCCCGGAGUCACGUUGAUUGCCCAGCAGGGAGACCUGUCCCGGUUUCCUGUUGACGCAGUAGUGAACGCGGCAAACGAGAACCUGAGGCACAUCAAUGGCCUUGCGCUCUCCCUCUCAAAGGCGGCUGGCCCUGAGCUUCAAGCAGAGUGUGACCAGAUAGUAAGGAACAGCGGCGGCACAGUCUUACCUGGCAAUGCUGUUAUCUCCAAGGCAGGCAAGCUCCCUUGCCGGCACGUCAUCCACGCCGUAGGGCCUCGGUGGAAAAAUGACAAGGUCCUUGAGUGUGUGAGCCUGCUAAAGAAAGUUGUGGAUCAGAGCCUCACAUUAGCUGAAGAGUACAAGUGCCACUCCGUAGCCAUACCGGCUAUCAGCUCUGGCAUCUUUGAUUUCCCCUUAGACCAGUGUGUCUCUACCAUUGUUUUAGCCAUCAAGGAAAACUUCCUCCGUAAGCAGGACAGACGCACCUUGAAAAAGAUCUAUCUGGUGGGCCUGUCUGCGAAGGUUGCCGAGGCCUUUGCUGAGGCUGUAAAAGGUGUGUAUAAAGACACUCUCUCCCACACAGCUCUCCCACUCAGUUUAAAAGCACCUGUACCACUAGGGAAAACACCACCAAAUCAGGACUGUCUGCUGGUGUCCCCAGAAGGCCUGAGAAUCCGGCUGGUUGAAGACAGUGUGCAGAAUGCCAAGACCCACAUCAUUGUCAACUCCGUUCCCUUGAAUCUUGCACUCAACAUAGGACCCCUUUCUCAAGCCCUCUUGGAAAAGGCGGGGCCACAGCUCCAGGAGGAAUUGGACAACGUAGGACAAGGGGUCUCUGUCAAUGUGGGAACAAUUCUUCAAACCAGUGGCUGUAAUCUGAACUGCCGCCACGUAUUUCAUGUGGUGGUUCCUCCUUGGAAAAGCAACAACACCACGUGGUCACUAAAGGCCAUGAAAGAUAUCAUCCGUUACUGUCUGAAGACCACCCAGGCGCUGUCUCUACAGUCAAUUGCGUUUCCAGCAAUAGGAACAGGAAAUUUGGGGUUUCCUAAACCUGAAUUUGCUAAAUUAAUAAUUUCAGAAGUGCUCAAAUUUAGUAGCAGGAACCAACUGAAAACUUUACAAGAAGUUCAGUUUCUGCUGCACCCAAAAGACCAUGAAAACAUUCAGGCAUUUUCAGAUGAAUUUGACAGAAGGAAGAAUGGAAGUCCUAGUGACAAACAUCCCAAGGCUGAAGACACACAAGGUGUCUAUGGGAGUCUCUCCAGCCCUACUUUAGGAGUGCAUGAAAUGAAUAUUGGCUCGAUCCUCUUUCAAGUGGCCACUGGGGACAUCACCAAAGAAGUGGCUGAUGUGAUUGUCAAUUCAACAUCAGCCACGUUUGAUCUCAAAGCAGGGGUCUCCAAAGCAAUUUUGGAUGGUGCAGGACAGAAUGUGGAGAAAGAAUGUUCUCUCCUGGCUCAACAGGGCAACAAAGAAUAUAUAGUUACCAAAGGAGGGUCACUGCAAUGCAAGAACAUUAUUCACAUCGUGGGCGGGAAUGACGUCAAGAGGUCAGUUUCCUGUGUUUUGGAAGAAUGCGAACGACGGAAUCUCUCAUCCAUUUGCCUACCAGCUAUUGGCACAGGAGGUGCUCAACAGAACCCGGAUGUAGUUGCUAAAGCCAUAAUGGAUGCCAUUGAAGAAUUUAUCCAGAAAAAAUCAGUCCAGGCUGUGAAGAGAGUCAAAGUUGUUAUCUUUCAGCCCCAUAUUCUGAAUAUUUUUUAUGACAACAUGAAGGAAAGAGAGGGCUCCCCUGCUCCUCCCCAGCAGUCUGUGCUGUCUAAGAUUGUCUGUGAGUUCUUCACUUUUAUGAAAUAUAUAUUCCUAACAUUGAUGGUGAAGGGAGUAAAAGAAGUGUUCGUUUCCAUUUUCUCCAUAGCCUUUUUUGGCUUUUCAAAGCAACCUUCCCCAAAACGCAACGCCCUGGUUUUGGAGAAGAAAGAAGAGCUGACAGUUUUCCAGGUGUGCGGUGCCGAUGAAGGCAGUGUGGGAGGGACCAUCUCCUGGCUCCAGGACCUGCUCACCAAGGAGCAGCUUUUCUUCACCAGUGAUGACGAGUGUCUCAGGGACUUCGAUGUCAAGGAGUACAAGAAACUGAAUGAGAUGCAGAAGAGGCUGAACAUCUUCAUUGAUCUGGACCGCAACAAACCGUUGAUUACGGUCUCGGGAAUCAGCAGAGACGUGGUGGAAGCCAGAGAUGAGAUCGAUAGCAUGGUCAAGAGCCUCCGGUUGGCCAAAGCAAAGGAAAACCAGGCCGACUAUGUCUUUACAUUUGUGGAGUGGAAAUAUGUUGACAAUAACAUCACGCACCGUUUCGACAAAAUAGCCAACAUGGAGUUGGAGGAGGCAUGGAAGGCAAAGUGCAAGAGCACUGUGGUCAAAAUUCAUAAUGUGGACUUCACAGUGAACUUGAGCACCAACACUGCCACGGGCCCUCAGGGACAGAAUUUCACUGUUGAGCGCUUCAUAAAAUCUGAAGUUGAACUCCCUGAAAACUGGACCGACAUGACGCAGAAGAAAUUGCUUGUGGUCAAGCUGCAAACCAGCGACCCCGAGUACAACAUGGUGGCAACCAGAUUCAAUCAGACCUGCUCAAACUUUGUCAUAGAGAAGAUUGAAAGGAUUCAGAAUCCAGCCCUCUGGAGAAGGUACCAGGCAAACAAAAAAAUCAUGGAUGAAAAGAACAGCCAUGUAAGAAAUGAGAGUCAGCUCUUCCAUGGGACGGAGGCUAGUUCCCUGCCACACCUCAACAGCAAUGGAUUUAACCGCAGCUAUGCUGGGAAGAACGCCACGUGCUACGGGAAAGGAACCUAUUUUGCCGUCAAUGCUUCCUACUCUGCCAAUGACGCAUAUGCCAGACCAGAUGCCAAUGGGAAAAAGCAUAUGUAUUAUGUGCGGGUUCUCACUGGGAACUACACAAAUGGGAACUCGUCGCUGAUUGUGCCUCCUCCGAGGGACCCUCAAAACCCUACUGACUUGUAUGACACUGUCGCAGACAGCCAUACAAAUCCAAGUAUAUUUGUAGUGUUUUAUGACAACCAAGCAUACCCAGAGUAUCUUAUCACGUUUAGGCGGUAACACUCAGGGGACGCCUGAGAGAUAUCUGUGGUCAUGUAUCUGCUGUAAGACAAAUUUUAGCUGUUUUCCUUCUUAAGCUGUGUCUAAGAAAAGAGCACAAGGUCUUCCUUUGCCAUGGAUGUGUUUCUUCAGACACCCCUCCAUCGUGGGAAUGGGUGUGCUUGAGAGACAGGCAUCACCAUGUGUUCUCAAUGUGGACCUCCAAUCUGUGGAAAAGAACAGGUUUUUUAAUGUUCAAGAAGGACAGUAACACCUUUACGGACUUUCAGGAAGCCACACAGUGCCAUGGAGUCUCAGCUGCCACCA